AGUUAGAGGGUUUUAGAGCUGCAGGGUUUCAGCGAGCGUCAGUCAACCUGAAGCUUCAGAAUCAAGAAGAUCACCAAGACCUGACUGAAGAAGAACCGCUGAGAUGCUGACCCUCGUCCUGCUCCUCGCCCUGCUGCCGGCCACUGCCCAGGACUUGGACGUUCCUGUGAUCAGACUGAACUCCACCGUGCUGAAACACUCUGAAGAGGUUGUCCAAUCAGGAACCCGGUUCUCCCUGAGAUGUGAAGGCCAGGCCGCCAUUGUCUGGAGAACCCGACUCACCCAGCACAGGCAACAUGUUUCAAAAAAUGUUCUGACUGUCAGACAGUCCACCGCAAACCACACUGGAACAUACAGGUGCAGUUACAAGAACCACACAGACUUGUUCUCCAAGGUCCACAUCUACGUGAGGGAUCCUGCUCAGUUAUUCACACUGCCUGUGAAUUCGGUGGUCACUCUAAGGGCGGGGUCACCCUGCCUGCUGGACUGUCUGCUGACCGAUCCCUCAGCCACCGCAUUCUCCCUCUGCCUGCAGGACGGUUCUCCCGUGCGCCCCGAACUGAAUUACACCGCAGAUCCCCAACAGGGAAUCUGGAUCUGGAACCUGCAGCCUGACCACAGCGGAGAAUACGUCUGCAGCGCCACCCUCAACUCCACCCGCAGACUGUCCACCGUCUACCAGCUGACCGUUACCCCGAACGUGGUGAAGCCUCCCUCUGUGUUUAUUGAAAUGGACGAAAUUGUUCGGAUUGUCGGAGAAACGCUGAAGGUCAACUGCAUCACCUCAAACAUUGGCUACGCCUACCAGAUUACCUGGCAUCACUCAUCCAAGCAGGUUCCGCCUGCAGAAACUGUGAGGAUGAAUAGCAGCGAUGUGGUUCGGAUGACGAGUGUACUGACCCUUCCUGUAGUCAAUGUGUCUGACAGCGGGAAUCUGACCUGUACAGCCAGUAAUGUCAUCGGACAGAACAGCACCAUAGUUUCACUCACAGUCGUAGAGAAGCCAUACAUACUGCUGACCCCGGGGUCCAACAUCGGGGGGUCCGGGACUGAUGUUGAGGUGAGGGAGGGCGAGCUGCUGGAGCUGAACAUUAACAUCAGCGCUUAUCCUUCCAUCCUGGAGACAUGGUGGGACACGCCCACAACUCAGAACAGCUCCACCUUCAGGCAGAUCAACAGAAGGUACCGAUCUGUGGCCCGACUCACAAUAGUCCGCAUCAAAGCAGAUGAAAGUGGGUGGUAUAUCUUCAGUGCCAGGAGUGCACGGGCCAACGCAUCCACUCGCUUUAAAGUCUUCGUAAUUCAGAAGCCCAGUGUUGUGGUGAGAUGGAGGGACGGUACGCUGACCUGUUUUGCCUCUGGCUUUCCUCAACCCAACAUCCACUGGAGGCAGUGUGAGCAGCUCCAGAUCAUGGAUGAUGGGUGUGGCAGUAAUGACUCGUCCUGGGUGGAGCUGCAGGGCAGACAGCGCUCUCUGGAGCUGGCAGAUGAGUUUGGGCCGUUGGUGAUGGAGAGUGUGCUGCUCAAGAGUAAGAUAGUGCUGAACGCGACGGUGGAGUGCGUGGGAGUGAACGCUGCUGGAGAGGGCCGGGAUUCUUUCUUCACUGGAAGAAUCACGUUGGAGGAUCCGAGCUCUCAGGUAUUCUUCAUUCUGGUGGGUGGAGUUUCCGUCGUGAGCACUCUACUUCUGCUGCUGCUGGGAGUUUGUGUCUACAGGUGUAAACAGAAGCCCAGGUAUGAAAUCAGGUGGAAGAUCAUUGAAGCUAAUGACGGAAACAACUACACCUACAUCGACCCCAACCAGCUGCCAUACAACAGCAGGAAGUGGGAGUUCCCUCGAGACAGACUGACGUUCGGGCAGGUGCUGGGUGCAGGUGCGUUUGGGAAAGUGGUGGAGGCGACGGUGUAUGGACUGGACAAGGAUGACCAUGUGACUAAGGUGGCCGUGAAGAUGCUAAAAUCAAGCGCCCACUCAGAAGAGAAAGAGGCCUUGAUGUCCGAACUGAAGAUCCUGAGUCAUCUGGGGCCGCAUGCUAACAUCGUUAACCUGCUGGGGGCGUGCACUCAGGGAGGCCCGGUUCUGCUGAUCACCGAAUACUGCAGUCAUGGAGAUCUGCUGAACUUCCUGCGCAGACGAGCUGAGGUGUUCCUAAACUCUGUCCUGCAGGAAUGUGACCUCAACAGCUCCUACAAGAACCUGCCGGUCCAUCAGAGUCCAGAUAAACGAAUCAGCAACAUCAGUUAUCAGGACAUGUCGGGACGCCGGGGUCGGGACGGGUCACAGGAGUUCUGUGGAGAAGGACAGGAUAACUCAUGGAUGCUGGAUCUGGACCAUUUGCUGAGAUUUUCCAGCCAAGUGGCUCAGGGCCUCGAUUUCCUCGCCGCCAAAAACUGUAUUCACAGGGAUGUAGCUGCGAGGAAUGUUCUGGUGACGGAGGACUGGGUGGUGAAGAUCUGUGAUUUUGGGUUGGCGAGAGACAUCAUGAAUGAUUCAAACUACGUAGUGAGAGGAAACGCCCGGUUGCCGGUGAAGUGGAUGUCUCCGGAGAGUAUAUUCGAGUGUAUUUACACAGUGCAGAGCGACGUGUGGUCGUACGGGAUCUUGCUGUGGGAGAUCUUCUCUCUGGGCAGAAGCCCGUAUCCAGAUGUCGCGGUCGACGCUCGGUUCUAUAAGAUGAUUAAAGCUGGAUAUCACAUGACCCAGCCGGACUUCGCCCCUCUGGAGAUAUACACGAUUAUGAAGAUGUGCUGGAGUUUGGAACCAACGUCACGUCCAACGUUUGGAAAAAUUGUGCAGCUGAUUUCGGAGCUUCUGCCUGAGUUCUCUGACCAGUGGUAUCAGAACUUGCGUCCAGACCUUCUCUCAGAGUUGUGUGUUUCACCCAAAGCCUGCGAGAGUCAGCGGGACCAAGAAGAGGCGGAGCCUCUAAUGCAGCUGAAUAACUACCAGCUCUGCUGAACAACCCACCUGUACCGACCCAAAACCAAACAAACUGUGUACAGUGUAAGGGCUGUGUGUGUAACUGUGUAACAGGGUGCAACAGGGUAUUAUGUGUAACAAGGUAUUAUGUGUAACAGCGUAGUGUGUAAAGGGGUUAUGUAACAGUGUAGCAGGUUAGUGUGUGUAACAGGGCUGUGUGUAACAGUGUAACAGAGUGCAAAAGGGAAGUGUGUGUAACAGGGUUAUUAACAGUAUAACAGGGUGUAACAUGGUAGUGUGUGUAACAGGGUUAUGUAAUAGUGUAACAGGGAGUGUAACAGGGCUGUGUGUGUAAAAGGGUUGUGUGUGUAACAGGCAGUGUUGGGAAGUAACGGAUUACAUGUAACGGCGUUACGUAAUCAGAUUACAAAUUAUGAGUAACUGUAAUCCGUUACAGUUACUGCUUCAGUAAGUGGUAAUCAGAUUACUGUUACUCUGCUAAAUUAAAUGGAUUACAUUGCGGUACUUUCCUAUUUUUGGUCUUCUAAUCCAACACUGACAAAACGCAAUCACAUUCACAUAAAUCACGACAUCAGAAUAUUCUAUGUUUCACAACCUCCUGCUCAGAAUGUUUUCACUGCAGAAGCGCCCCCUAGCGACGGGCCCGUUCAGACUAUGUAAAGUAGAAUGCUUAAAAGAGUAAAAACUUAUAAACACACCGACCAACUAACCGACUCAUAUUCUUUAUUACUACUUUAACUACCUGCAUGCAAAUUUACAGCCAUCUACAUGAAACCAGUCGCCAGAAAUCUCCAACUGAAAAAAUAGCCUUAUAAAAUAUUAUUAUUACGUAAAAUAACAUCAGAUUACAUUAUAGACAAUUCACUUACUAUCACAGCAUCCACAAUACAGCACUGAACCGCAGAUAAAAUAUCCAUAAAGUCCUUUAUUCGCCUGCUCACUUCUCUUCACAAACAUGUGUUUAGUUUCAGCGCAAGCGCAACGUAAUAUUCUCAGGCUGACUAAAAUAAUCGUAUCGUAUUGUAUCGUAAUGAAUAUUGUGAUUUACACCCCUAGAUAAUCCUGGCAAAAAAUCCACCUGCAGAAAGUGGCAAACCUGAAAAUAGAUAGCUUACAGUUGUUGUUACAUUGUUUGGUUUUUAGUGUUUUUUAAUGAUUUUAUCAUCAAUUUAUAGAAGUGUUUCAUAAAAUUGUUUGAUGAAAUGGUUUCAUAAGUAUUUUUAUAGAGUGAUUGAAAAGGCUGGUUUAUUUGUUUAUCUAUUUGUUAAUUGGAAAGAAAAAUAAAAUAAUAAUAUGCAAUAUGUGGUUGCUACAUUCAUUCUGGCUUAAAAAAACGACAAUAUUGUAAGUAAUCCAAAGUAAUCAGAUUACGUUACUCACUUGAAGUAAUGUAACUGAUUACGUUACAAAUUACAUUUUGAGUGAUGUAAUCAGUAAUCUGUAAGGGAUUACAUUUUAAAAGUAACCUUCCCAACACUGGUAACAGGGCUGUGUGUGUGUAAAAGUGCUGUGUGUGCAACAGGACUGUGUGUGUAACAG